GAAUCAUUCCCACAGAGAGAAAAGCGUUAACUGUGCGCACUUCCCAGUUCAGAUCAGACCCCCACGAAACGCCUCCUUUCCCUUCCUUCCCUCUCUCCCUGAUUUUUUUUCUUCCCCCCAACCCUCCCGGUCCGUCCUAAUUGCCGGUACAGACGUGUCGUGCAUGAGGCUGCGCGAACACACGCGAAACAUCGUCAAGCUCCACGCUGGACUAUUUCUGACCUGAUUGACUUAUUUUAUUCUACACCUCGUUGUGACUUUCCUCUUCCAAACAAAGUCUAAGAGUCGUUUUUAGUCCACGACGUGACACGGUUUUAUCCAUUUUUUUUUGGGACCGAACGUGCACAGCCACUUCAGGAGCGGGGAGAUUAUUGAACGCACCUUGAGACGACUGUCUUCAUUUUAUUUUUAUUUUAUUUUUUGCUGAAUUGGAUUUUUUUUUUUUUUUUGCACUUGACUGAGUUGACAUUGUGCCGGGAUGGAUUCCUUCAUCGUGGCAGCUCUGGUGCUGUGCUCCCUCACGGCCACAACCUGCGGGGACAAAGGCGGCAGCAAAGCCAGGAGUUGUUCGGAUAUAAGGCACUUUUAUAGCGGCAAAGGUUUCUCCAUGGACGGCAUCCCCCAGUCCGAAAUAUCUGGGGAGCACCUGCGCAUCUGUCCUCAGGGUUACACCUGCUGCACCAGCGACAUGGAGGACAACCUAGCCAUGCUGAGCCGAAGAGAGGUAGAGGGACUUCUCAAAGACGCCGGACGCUCCUUGCAGGUUUCCCUCGGAGGACAGUAUAAGGCCUUCGAUGGUUAUUUCCUGGAUUUGCUGAACAGCUCAGCUGCCACACUAGAGGAGACGUUCAUGUCCACCUGGAGGUCUUUCUACUCCCAGAAUUCCCUGGUGUUCAACGAGCUCUACACAGAUUUGAGACACUACUACCGAGGCUCCAGCCUCAACCUGGAAGAAGCUCUCAAUGAAUUCUGGGCAAGGCUUCUGGAGAGACUGUUCUUCCAUGCAAACAAGCAGUAUUCCAUCGGGGAUGACUACCUGGAGUGCGUCUCUAAACAGCUGGAGACACUUCACCCUUUCGGAGAGGUGCCCCGUGACCUCAAAAUGAAGGUCACUCGCACCUUUGUGGCCGCCCGGUCCUUUGUUCAGGGACUGGUCGUCAGUGGAGAGGUCGUCCGAAGAGUGUCCCAGGUGCCACUGAGCCAGGAGUGCAUGCGAGCGAUUAUGAGGAUGACUUACUGUCCACACUGCCGAGGUAUGGCCUCUGCCAGACCUUGCGUCAACUACUGCAGCAACGUCUUGAAGGGCUGUCUGGCCAACCAGGCGGACCUCGACACCGAGUGGCGUCACUUGGCAGAAACGAUGAUGCAGGUGUCCGAUCGCUUCGAUGGCCCAUCUGGUUUGGAUGUUGUGGUCCUCUCCCUUCCUUACCGCAUUUCGGAAGCUAUGAUGACCAUGGUGGAAAAUAUGGAGGCGGUCAACGGCAAGCUCAUUCUGGCGUGUGGCCCACUCCGAGAAAAAACAGCCAGCGCUACAGAAGUGGACGUAUUCCCGAAGAAAGAAGAGGUUACAGUUGAGGAGAGGUCGGCGAGCAGCGCGAACAAACUUGGCCGACUGGUGUCUGAUGUAACCAUGAGGCUGCGGGAUAUGCAGCCCUAUUGGGUUUCUCUCCCGACGAUGUUGUGCAGCGACCGAGUUGCCACGGGUGCAGGCUCUGAAGAUAGGUGCUGGAACGGAAUGACCCGCGCCAGGUACCUCCCUGAAGUCAUUGGCGACGGCCUGGCGAGCCAGAUCAACAACCCCGAAGUGGAAAUAGACAUCACCAAGCCUGACAUGGGAAUAAGGCAGCAAAUAAUGCAGCUGAAGAUCAUGACGCACCGCCUGAAGAAUGCUCUCAAUGGCAACGACAUCGACUUCCAGGACAUCAGCGAUGAUUCCAGCGGUUCCGGCAGCGGCGCCAUUUGCACCGACGAAGUGUGUUCCCGGGCCCCUCGCCUCGUCGUCCCCGUCACUCAGCGACCCGUGUACCCCUACCCUCCCGAAAACAAGAAGGUGGUGAAAGACUCAGUCAGUCAGAACCUUCCCUGUGUCGUCACUUAUCUCCUUUCGCUGCUCGUUUUGCUGCUGCGGCUGCGAUAAUUGCCGGCGAGGAGAGCGGCCAGCUGGGACUGAGGUUGGGACUGGGUUUGGGCUUCUUGAGUGUUGGAAAAGGUGGGGGAGGAGACGAGAGGUUUGGGGCGUUAGGUACUCUGCCAAAACGUCACUUUGCGUUAAGAACUUGGACGGGACUUUCUUUAGGGUUUGGAUGAGAAGAAAAAAAAAUGGAAUUGCAAGUAUUCAAAAAUGCGCUCUUGUCUUUCAUCUCUCGCUAUAAUAUGACACUGUUAGAGCUGAUCGUGUUACGUUUUAAUGUUUCUGGUGCGUGGGGUUAAUCGGAGAUCCAAUGUGUACCUAAAAGUGUAACGCUCACACUCCAUAGGGAGAGGAAGGCGCUCUCAUUAAUGCAUUUCUUAGUCCUCCUUUCAUGGCACUUAGUGAUUUGAUGCUCUUAUUUAUUUGUUGAGAACUGACCAUAGACCCCAGAGUGGUUACGAUAGAUUUUUUUUUUUAAAGCAAACUAACCAAUAGAUGCAUCAAGUCUCCAAAUAAGCACUUUUUGGACCGUGUCAGAGGUACGAGUAGCGAUGAUUCAUACAACCGUGAUCAUUCACAGUGGGAGAAACGGGGUCUUGCCUUUGCCCCACCCGACACCCCUUCGGGUCAGCUCUCAAAUGACAGCAGACUUGUGGGCCAUCCGUCCUCACAGGCUUUACAGGUCAGAAUUUUGGCUAGCAGAACAGAAACUGGCAUGCUGUGGUCGCGUUGCUGCAAAGUGCAUCCAUUGCCAUGACCCAUCCUGACUGUAAUUUGACCUUUUUGAUUGCACAAAUGUCACAUUCAGUCUAGAUGGCGGACCACAAAAUAAUACGAUACAGUAUAGCCCUUUUUUUUUUAAUUAGAUGAGAAAUAAUUUUAUUCGCCUGUCUGCAAAUUUCUUCGCCCUUCUCCCUCAGCCCUCUAUUCUCUUGACCUGAAGUCAAUCCUUUGUUCUUUUCUAAUCUUUAUUUUCCAAAAGGCAUGUUUUUUUUUUUGUUUAGGUUUUAUUUUACCCCAAUACGGUGUUCCCCCUGUACUCGCGGCAGGGCUGGGUCCCUAUCCUUCGCAUGAAUUUGACUCCCCAGGAGUUUGUCAGAAGGCAGCCAAGCACUGCUUUUGUCUUAACGUUAAAGUUAAGUCGACCAUUUUUUUUUCCCAAUAUGUUCUAUGUGCCUCUACUAGUCUAAAUUAGUAUUGCGUGAAUGGGAUUAGAAUCAGACUGACAAAAUCCACCUGUUUUUAGCCCUCUCACGGGGCGGCCAUUUUGUCCUAUACUGCCACCUGCUCUCGACUGCAAUUGACAUCAGAAAAUGGCAGCCCCCAAGGUGGAUCAAACAAGUGGGUUCUGCUGCUUAAUUAACCGCCAAACAUAUUCAUCAGAAUCCCGUGGUUCGACAAGCAGGAGCACAAAGAACAUGUUGCAAAGAAAAUCUUGGACUUGACCUCCGCUUUCAAGAAGCUCCUCAACUCACUUCACCAUCGUAUACUUGGCGCUGAGAUGAUUCCAAAGCACGAUUUUUUUACCUAAAUCAAGCUCCUCAACUCACUUCAACAUAGUUUCCUGGCAGUGAGAUGAUGCCAAAGCGCUACUUUUGCCCAAAUGAAGCUCCUCAACUCUCUUCUACAUAGUUCCUUGGCAGCAAAGUCCCGUAAUGGACAGCAUAUGCAAGCAAGUGAAUUUGCGGGGGAAGGGGGGGGGGCGGGUGUCACUGCAUUUGGUGUAUUGAUGGUAUGCGAUCAUGAAAUGUGGGAGAUACAAGAUUGAGGUUGCUUUUACUUUUCAAGUGCACCAUUGCUUGCAUUACAGCCACACACAUUCAAAGUCACAGAUACUCCAGUGUAGAGCGUGAUGCUGCUGACCCCCGGUGGAUCAAAACCACACAUGCACCUCACAUGCAUUUUUUUUUAAGUGGAAGAGGCAUUGUCGCAACAAAGAAAUAAUCAAACACCAGCGGGGGUUUUUUUUCUGAAAAGAAUGAAAAGGACAACAAAAAAAAGCACCUGUGUCGAUAAUACUGCAGAUCCAUGUUAAGACGUCUUUUGUCCAAGUUUUACAAGCACAUUUUUGAAUUGUAGCUCUGAAAGUGGGAAGUUGUCAUGCGUGUUCGUGCAGCACGGAUGUGCGUUUGUGUGUUCAAUGACUUCUGCCUUCGACUGCCUUUGUCACUUUGUUGGGGUCAAGUAUGACAUUAAAAACAGUUGUGAAGAAGAGAUUUUCUAAAGAAAAAAAAAACAAAAUUCAAGAACAUUAGUUGUUUUUUUGCAGCUCUUGAGAUGAAUCGGAGUGAGAAUGUGAAAUUACACAUUUGUGUCUUUUGUUUUGAACGAGAAGGUACUCCAGCUGUGAUGGCGACAUUCCAAUUCAAAUAUCACUUCAAUCUUUACAUUAGCAGCUUCACAGCGCGAGCGCUCAAAUUCUUCACCCGCUUCUCUUUGAACUCCUUUCGCCUUUUGAUUCUACUCAACGCCACCCAUUCUUUUUUUUUUUUGUUUCUAAUGAAAACCUGCACUUUUUAUAAGGCCAACAUGUGUCGGUUGUCUGCACAAAGACACGAGGCCACCAGUAUGCAAAGUCGACACCCUCUAGAGAUGACUUAUUGAUUUGAGGAUGGGCGUAUGCAAAUGAGCGUGGCCCAGCGAGAUGUCUAUACGGUGAGAACAAAACGAGAGCAUGGUUUGUGCUUUAAAGCUGAUCUUCAAUCAGUAACGGUGCCUCAACCUUCAAUUAGGUGGCGCGUUGCAAACAAGGAUUAAAAUAAGCUUAAGACUCCACGAGUUCAAUUUGGAGGGAUGAGAAAAAUCAACGACAUGUUUGGCUUUUUUUGUUUUUAUCUACCUUUCGGUUUUGAUGAGAAAUCAGUGGAGAGGAGAAAUGCCGGAAAGAGGUUGGAAAAAAGGAAAACAAUGCCGAUGUCUUGUUUGCUGUUGUAUCUAAAAUUGUCAAUUAUAAACAUUCUAAGAUUUUCAA